AUGCACCCUGCAUUAUGGGGUUAUCCAGUGGUAAUAGCUGGAGAACUACUGAUGACGUCAAUGAUAACUGAAAAAGACGCAAAUAAAGUUUAUGCUGAUUUUGCAAAACCUGGUGGUUGGAAUGGUAAUGAGAUUGGCUGUGGUGAUCUUGCAAAUAUGCACGAUGACACUGUAGAGAAACUAUCAAUACAGAACCAAGAUCCACUUGGUAUUCAAGGUAAAAAGGUUAGGAUGGAAGGUUCUCUUGAGGGUGCUGUUCUCUUACUCAACAAAUACAUCGAUCGACAUGCAUUUAUUACUGCUAAAUGGGAACAUAUUGGCUUUGACCCUUCAACUGUUGUUGAAGCAAGAGACCUUUGGGAGCACCACAAUGAAAGGAUAAUUCGUGGGUAA